AUGCAAGUCGAUAAUGCUUUGCGGGCAAUUCACCAGAAGAAACCUGUGCCAGAGAUCGACUUUACUCUGCAUACUAUGGAAGAUGGAAGUCAAGUGAGCACAAUGGAAAGAGUUUGCAAAGAUGUACAAGCACCUGCUAUGGUUCCACCGACAGACCAACAGUUCUUCUCACCACAAGAUCCUUCCAAGCCAAAUUUACAAUUCUUGAAGCAACAUUUCUACAGAGAAGGUCGCUUGACCGAGGAACAAGCUCUGUUCAUCCUUGAGGAAGGUACAAAAGUAUUGAAGCAGGAGCCUAACCUUCUGGAAAUGGAUGCGCCGAUCACUGUGUGUGGUGAUGUUCACGGCCAGUAUUAUGACUUAAUGAAACUUUUCGAAGUUGGUGGGGAUCCAGCUGAGACCAGAUAUCUUUUCUUGGGAGAUUAUGUCGACAGAGGCUACUUCAGCAUUGAAUGUGUGUUGUAUCUUUGGUCUUUGAAGAUCUGGUACCCAAACACCUUGUGGUUACUUCGAGGAAACCAUGAAUGCAGACAUUUAACAGAUUACUUUACAUUCAAGCUUGAAUGUAAACACAAGUAUUCUGAAAGAAUCUAUGAAGCAUGUAUGGAUUCAUUCUGUGCAUUACCUUUGGCUGCGGUUAUGAACAAGCAAUUCUUGUGUAUUCAUGGAGGGUUGAGUCCCGAGCUACACACUUUGGAUGAUCUUAAGAGCAUUGAUCGAUUCCGCGAACCUCCCACUCAUGGUCUUAUGUGCGACAUCUUAUGGGCAGAUCCACUGGAAGAAUUUGGGCAAGAAAAGACCUCCGAAUACUUCAUUCACAAUCACGUCCGAGGUUGUUCAUAUUUCUUCUCUUACCCUGCCGCAUGUAACUUUCUCGAGAAAAACAACCUCCUUUCAAUUAUUCGAGCACAUGAGGCACAAGAUGCUGGUUACCGAAUGUACAGAAAGACUCGAACAACCGGAUUCCCUAGCGUUAUGACUAUAUUCUCGGCACCCAACUAUCUCGAUGUCUACAACAACAAAGCCGCUGUGUUGAAGUACGAGAACAAUGUUAUGAAUAUCAGACAGUUUAACUGCACUCCUCAUCCUUACUGGCUACCAAAUUUCAUGGACGUUUUCACCUGGUCUUUACCCUUCGUGGGGGAGAAGAUUACAGACAUGUUACUCGCAAUCCUCAGCACUUCCUCGGAAGAUGAGCUUAAGGAUGAUCAAACUCCAUCAAGCACUUCUCCAGGUCCCAUAUCACCACCAAUUAAUGCUGCAAUGGAUCCGGAAUCUAUCGAGUACAAGAGAAGGGCUAUUAAGAAUAAAAUUCUUGCAAUUGGUCGUCUUUCGCGAGUCUUCCAGGUUUUACGAGAAGAAUCCGAGAGAGUAACUGAGUUAAAGACUGCAGCCGGUGGUAGACUUCCUGCUGGAACUUUGAUGCUUGGAGCAGAAGGUAUCAAGAGCGCCAUUAGUAGUUUUGAGGAUGCACGAAAGGUCGAUUUGCAAAAUGAGCGUCUCCCGCCCAGCCACGAAGAGGUCACGAGGCAAACUGAGGAAGGACGGGAGCAAGCAUUGGAGAGAGCAAAGAGGGAGGCUGAUAAUGAUAAGGGGUUACAAAUGCUCUCCAGAAGGCUUAGCACUGAUCGUAAGAAAUAA